UCAUCCAAACUGCCACCAUUUUCAAUCUUCAUUUCUCGCUCUGUCCCUCCGUUUACACACACCCACCCACCCACCCACACACACACAAUACGAGCUCCAUUUCUAUCGUUAAUCUCACUUCAAGCAAUUUCUUGAUUUCGCAAUUCAAUCCCUAAUUUAUCCGAACAUUUUCAAUCCGCUUAAUUGAAAAAUCACCCUCUCCAUUUUCAUCAGUUAGGGUUUUGUUGUCAAAUAGAGAAUCUAAAUCCCAAAUUCGAUUAAUUUUGUACCUAUUGGGGAUUAAUAUCGGGGCAUGAAAUUAGGGUUUUUGAUGAACAUCCGUUGUUGUAAUUAAACAACAAAAUAUGAUAAAACAGACUGUGAGAUCCAAAAUGCCGAAUAUCAAACGUUGCGAAUUGAAAGAAGAAGCAGCAGCUGAAAGUGAAGAAUUUUACUAUAGUUAUUCAGAUGCAGAUUGUUUACCUGGUUCUUACUAUACCAAUACUAUUAUUUAUGAUAACAAUAAUACUCAGUUUUUAGAUUUUAGUACUAAUAAUAAUGGUGAUAAUUCUUGGCAUUGGAGUAAUCGGUAUAUCGAUAGGGAAUCGGUAUCAAAGAAACCCAAGUUGUUGAGUAGUGAUAACGUGGAUAGAUGUAAGAAGGAUUUGAAAGGGGCUAAUGGCCUUCAAGAUUUUCUUGCUGGUGAUAUUGUUUGGGCCAAAUGCUCGAAUAGGUAUCCCGCUUGGCCCGCUAUUGUCAUUGAUCCGAUUCAUGAAGCUCCUAAAGCUGUAUUGAAUGCUUGUGUUCCUGGUACUGUUUGUGUUAUGUUUUAUGGGUAUUCGAAGAAAGGCCAAAGGGAUUAUGCAUGGGUGAAGGAUGGAAUGAUAUUUCCGUUUUUGGAGUGUAUGGAAAGUUUUCAGGGACAGACUCAGUUAUAUGGCUGCAAGCCUGAUGAUUUUCGUGCGGCAAUAGAAGAGGCUUAUGAAAAUAGCUAUUUGAAUUCAAGCUAUGUGGACAAGGAAGAAUAUCCUACCACAACUGAUUUUUUUGAGGUCCCUGUGACUUUUGUUUCGGAUCAGCAUUACGUGUCUUACAACUCUUAUUACAACUAUAAGCAGGAAGAAUGUUCUACCGAACCCGAUCUUUUUGAGGUCCCGGUGGCUAUUGUUUCGGAGCUGCAUCCAGAGUCUUAUCACCGCAAGCAGAGUGGCUAUAUUAAGAAGGAAAAACAACCUUGUGGUGGCUGUGGUUUGUUAUUUCGCUCUAAAGCACUGAAGAAAGUCUAUGGAAUAACCUAUCAACAGGAGGCUUUGUGCGAACAUUGUUUAAAGUUACGAAAAUCAAAACAAUAUUGUGGCAUUUGCAAGAAAAUCUGGCAUCAUUCUGACGGCGGAGAUUGGAUAUUGUGUGAUGGCUGUAACGUUUGGGUACAUGCAGAAUGUGCCAAUAUUUCCAGCAAAAUUUUUAAGGAUCUGGAGGAGAUGGACUAUUACUGCCCAGAAUGCAGAGGAGAAGUAACGGUUGAGCAACUAGUUGUAGAUAAUUUGGAAUCAGACCUCAGAUUUACUGAGAAUAUCAAUUGGAGUAUAUUGCCUGACAAAAUAAGUGUCAUUUGUACUGGCAUGGAAGGGAUAUAUUAUCCAAAAUUUAAUCUAGUCGAAUGUAAGUGUGGUUCAUGUGGAUCAAGAAAACUACCCCCCAGUGAUUGGGAACGCCAUACUGGCUCCAACGCAAAUAACUGGAAGACUAGCAUCAAAGUCAAGGGUUCUAUGGUAACACUGGAGAAAACGCUUUCUGGGCAUAAUGUUACUAAUGAUAUGGUUGCCUCUGCUUUACCUUUCGAUGAAAAACAGUUGUACUCAUUUCUUCAAGAGAAGUAUGAGCCCGUUUAUGCAAAGUGGACAACAGAACGAUGUGCUAUAUGUAGAUGGGAUGAGGAUUACGACGUUAAUGCAAUUAUUAUCUGCAACAGAUGUCAAAUAGCUGUUCAUCAAGAAUGUUAUGGCGCGAGAGAUAUCCAUGAUUUUACAUCAUGGGUUUGUAGAGCAUGUGAAACGCCAGAGGUUAAAAGAGAGUGUUGCCUCUGCCCUAUUAAAGGCGGUGCUUUGAAGCCAACUGAUAUCGAAAAUUUGUGGGUUCAUGUUAUCUGUGCAUGGUUCCGGCCCGAAGUUUCUUUCUUAAGUGAUGAAAAAAUGGAGCCUGCAACUGGAAUUUUUAGGAUUCCACCUGAUUCUUUUGAGAAGACAUGCGUCAUCUGCAAGCAGGUUCACGGUUCUUGCAUUCAGUGUUGCAAGUGCACCACUUACUUUCAUGCAAUGUGUGCUUCAAGGGCCGGGUACUGUGUGGAGUUGCAUUCAUCAGAGAAGGAUGGGGUAUAUAACAUUAGAUGGACUCCAUACUGUGCCGUUCACAGAACCCCAGCAGAUACUGGCAUUGUCAUCAGGACGUCUUCCGAGGUCUUUUGUGCAAAAAGUUUUCUUGAAAAGCAGAAUCAAAAACAGAGUUUUAGGAGUUCAAGACUUUCAUUGUCUACCAAAUUGGAACUCUCUGAUCCAUCAAUGGCAGAUAAUGAUGAGCCUGAACCACUCUCUGCUGCCAGGUGUCGCAUUUACAAAAAAUCAAGUACCAAGAAUGGUGCAAAGGAGGGUAUAUUUCAUCGGUUAAUGAGGCCAAUCCAGCAUUCCAUUGAUGCAAUAGAUAGUUUAAACUCACACAAGGAAGUUCAAGAUUUGAAUAGUUUCUCUACAUUCAAGGAAAGACUUGAUGCUUUACAGAGGACAGAAAAACAUCGUGUCUGCUUUGGAAAAUCCGCAAUACAUGGAUGGGGUCUCUUUGCACGACGAAAGAUUCAAGAAGGAGAAAUGGUCCUUGAAUAUCACGGUGAGCAGGUGAGGGGCAGUGUUGCCGAUAUGAGGGAGUUGCGCUAUCAAUCCGAAGGCAAGGAUUGUUAUCUCUUUAAGAUCAGUGAUGACGUUGUAAUUGAUGCCACAAAUAAAGGGAAUAUAGCGCGAUUGAUCAAUCAUUCGUGCAUGCCGAACUGCUACGCUAGGAUAUUGAGUAUGGGUGCAGAUGAGAGUCGGAUAGUUCUAAUAGCCAAAACCGAUGUAGCAGCGGGCGAUGAAUUGACGUAUGACUACAAAUUUGACCAAGAUGAACAGGAUGAACUUAAAGUUCCUUGCUUAUGUAGAGCUCCCAAUUGUCGACAUUUCUUGAAUUAAACAAGCACCACCCACAGGACAACAUUUAUUAACUUCUACAUUUUUGUACAAUAGAGCGUACACCCUCUUCUCGAGGCAUCAAAAGUUGAAUUUACAGAAUGUAAAGCAUCUACGAGGCAUUAGAAGGUGUAAGUCCUAUUGAAUGUAUAGAUCUUACUGCCUCUUUUUCUUUGUUAUUAGAUGAACAAACAUCAGAGAAAUAUGUUUUAUGUAAAUAAUGAUGCCAGUUCUUGAGCUUCUCUACAAGUUAUGCAAUAUGAAAACCUCCUAUUGGGGUAUUCAUGUCUCUUAAAAA